AUGGGAAAUACAUCCAAAGAUGCUGAUAGAGGGAAACGUUCCACUAAGGCUAGUGCAUCUUCCAUGAAGGAAAAAGCGCCUCAGAACCCUCUGAAGAAGCGGUCGCGGAAAGCUCUAGGCAAUGAUGUAAUGCGUGAGAUGGAGGAAGAGGAGAUGGUGCAGGAAGGUGAUGAAGGUUCAGUGGUGAAGGUUCGACGCCUGGCUCGGGUAAAUCCUUAUGAGGGACUGCCUGUGCCUGAGGAGUUUCCUGGGGGGCCGUUGGAUACGUCAGUAUUGUAUGAUUAUGGAGCGCCACAUAUUGAGAGAUGCGUUUAUGACAACAAAGACCGUGGCAUGAUUAUGCCGGUCAGCAACGAGGGAAAGAUGAAUUCGAUUGUUUAUUUUGUUAAUGACUUCAAAUGGUGGCACACAACCAUGGACACCAUAGGAAUGUAUAGGCUGGAACUAACUGGAUACUCGUUUCUUGAUCCCACGUUGUUGUCUACUUUUGUGGAGCGAUGGCAUGGGGAGACCAAUAGCUUCCAUAUGUCGAGCGGAGGGAUGAUAGUUACGCUGGAUGACAUGUGUUGUCUACCCAUUAAGGGACGUUUGCUAGACCAUAAAGGUAUCCCGACCAAAACUGAGGGUGUUGAGCUAAUGAUUAAGCAUAUGGGAUCAACUCGGGAGGAAGCUGAGCACGAGGUUAAAACAACCAAGGGUGCACAUGCAAGGUUCGUAUAUUUGAAGGAACUCAUAAAAAAACACAUGUCAGUAGUCAACAAAGCUGAGGUGGACGGUGAUAAGGACACUUUUGAGAGGUAUAAGGGAUAUAUUACGAGGGCGUACCUCUUGUUGUUGGGCGCUGCUGCACUGGCGUUCCUUUAUCGGGAGUUGACAAACGCCACUAUUCCGUCCUACAAAUAUGUGGCUGGAUACAUGACGCUGCUACAGACUUGGAUCUACAACUACUUUGUGGACAUCAGAGGGUCUUUGGAUACGCAAUACGAACAACAAUACCCCCGAGCUACCAAAUAUGAUCCGACAAAGGGGCAAUCUAGCCAAAUGGCAAUGCGGAAAAUGAUGGAUCAGUUGCUUCCACACGACAUCACAUGGACUCCUUACAAGGACCACCGAGAUGUUUGCCCCUUUAAGGAUAUAACUUUGUACUCCGAUUGGAUCGGGUGUGGGCCUAUCAAAGUAAGGUAUCUACCAGAGCGGGUGUUACGACAAUUUGGCUACAUGGAGACCAUUCCCCGUCAUCCAGAUUCCACAGUGAAUAUAUUGGACACGGUAUAUCGUAUUGAUCAGCAUUGGCUCAAUUACACGGAUCGCGUUCUGACUUAUGAUAUGCUUGGCAGCCGUUCUACUAUUCCGUCAGACAUCGCCCCCGGAUACAUGUCGUGGUAUUUCAGGAUAUCACAUCCUUACAUCGUCUGUAUCUCGACGAGUCUGAUGCAGCCUAUGCCUGUUGAGUCUGAUGCUGCUAUGCUUGGUAUAUUGGCUAGCAUUCGAUACAUACUCAACAGUGUUAUGCACAAGGAUGAAGUUCCAAACGACUCUCGUGUUUACAACGAAUUCAAGUAUGCAUACACCUUGACAUUUGUACCGAAUCAGGGUGGACCCGGUUCUAGUAGUCAGUCCUAG